CAGCCUCGGGCCAGGCGGCCCACGUGCUCCUCGCCCGCGGGCAGAGUGGCUGCGGCCGGCCUCCGCGUCCUCCCGCCUCCGCCACUGCGGGCCCCGCGCUCCCGGCCUCUCCGUGGGAAGCGCGGAAGGCGCGGCGGCUUGGGGGGGACCGCGGGCGCCUGGCGGGGGAGGUGGUCGAUCCGCGCCGCGUGGCCCGCGGAGGCGGGAGGCGUUUGGCUGAAUCCCGCGGGCGCGGCCGCCACGCUGCCCGCGCGCCCCCCGCGGCCUCGCACCGGGUCUGGGCGGCUCCACGGGCUGCAGACGCUCCUUCCUGCUAACCGCCCCCUUCCAGGGCCUCUUCGUCCCUCAGUUACUGCCCCUGGCACAUCUAGACCUAGUGACGGUGGCGAAAAGGGCUGGGCCUUGGGCGGGGUAGGCUGUUUGCCUUCUCUGAGUUCCGGCUGCUGCUCAGGGGCUGCUCUUCUCUUCCAGGGACCCAGGGUCCGGCGCUGGAAGCUGCACUCCUGGCCAGGCCCAGACUGCUUCAUGAAGGCAGAGCCUUGUGCGUUGUUCACUGCUGCAUCCCCAUUGCUCAGUCAAGCACCUGCCACACGUGGCAGCCACCCCUUUCCUGUUUGUGGAGUGACACACCACACGCUCUGAAAGAUGAACAAAACUUCGAGGGGCAGAUACUCAAGUGCCGUAGCCACUUGGGUCCCACCUCAUGUCUCUGCCAGAGAACAUCUCGGGUUGGAGGUAUCUCGGCCAGGACAAGUGGAUGCCCGCCCACCGAGCCUCAUGGGGUCCCUGGGCUGCUGGUGUGUGUCCUUUCAGGAGGCCGUGACAUUUGGUGACGUGGCCGUGCACUUCUCGAGGGAGGAGUGGCAGUGUCUGGACCCCGGCCAGAGGGCCCUCUACAAGGAGGUGAUGCUGGAGAACCACAGCAGCGUGGCUGGGCUAGCAGGAUUCCUGGUCUUCAAGCCUGAGCUGAUCUCCCGGCUGGAGCAGGGGCAGGAGCCAUGGGUCCUCGACCUGCAGGGAGCAGAGGGGGACGAGGCAGCAAGGACCUCCCAGACAGAUUCCACGAUUAGGACUGACAGUGAGCAGGCCUCUGAGGACACUGGUGUUCUAAGUGCAGACUCCCAUGCAGAGAUGGUCAGGAUCCCCCCACAGGAUGUUUCUCCGCGUCCUAGCAUUGGAGACGCCUCUGAGUCUGAGGUCUGGUCAGAGCAUAAGCCAGGCUUCCUCUUCCAGAAAGACUGCUUGAACACAGGGUCUGUGGCCCCGAGAAAGGCCUCUGGCAAGGGGGGCGCCCAGGGCCAUGGCGAGCUGGGGAGCAGCGGUGGCCUGGGUUGUCAGCCCAGUGAGAGUCAGGGCAGUGCCAUGGAAGGCACGUCCCGAAGAUGCGAUGUGUGUGGCAGGAGCUUCAAAUCUACCCCUGAUGUUGCUCUGCGUCAGGGAAUUAGUUCACAGAAGAAACUUAGCAGAUGUCAGGAGUGCCAAAAAAAGUUAUCUGAUUGCUUACAGGGGAAACAUCAAGGUAACUGCCAUAGAGAGAAGCCAUAUGAAUGUGAGGAAUGUGGGAAAGUCUUCAGACUGUGCUCACAGCUUAAUCAGCACCAGAGAAUCCACACUGGAGAGAAACCAUUCAAGUGCAUUGAGUGUGGAAAAGCCUUUCGUCUGAGCUCAAAACUUAUUCAGCAUCAAAGAAUUCAUACUGGAGAGAAGCCAUACAGGUGCGAGGAGUGUGGAAAAGCCUUUGGUCAGAGCUCCAGCCUCAUCCACCAUCAGCGGGUGCACACGGGAGAGCGGCCCUAUGGCUGCCGGGAGUGUGGGAAGGCUUUCAGCCAGCAGUCUCAGCUGGUCCGACACCAACGGACCCACACUGGGGAAAGGCCCUACCCAUGCCGGGAAUGUGGGAAGGCCUUCAGCCAGAGCUCCACCCUCGCUCAGCACCAGCGGAUGCACGCCGGGGAGAAGCCUCCAGCCCCACGAGCCCCAGAAAGCCCCAGCCUUGUCGCCCCUCAGAGAAUCCUCGCUGCAGAGAAGCCAUUCAAGUGUGGUGAGUGUGGGAAGGCGUUCAGGUGGGUCUCUCGCCUCAGCCAGCAUCAGCUGACUCACACUGGAGAGAAACCUUACAAGUGCAACAAGUGUGCAAAAGCCUUUGGUUGUAGCUCACGGCUCAUUCGGCACCAGAGGACACACACUGGAGAAAAACCAUUUAAAUGUGAUGAGUGUGGGAAAGGCUUUGUCCAGGGCUCACACCUAAUUCAGCACCAGAGAAUUCACACAGGAGAGAAGCCCUACGAGUGCAGUGACUGUGGGAAAGCCUUCAGCCAGAGCUCCAGCCUCAUUUACCAUCAGAGGAUCCACAAGGGGGAGAAGCCCUACGAGUGCCUCGAAUGUGGGAAGGCCUUCAGCAUGAGCACACAGCUCACCAUACAUCAGAGGGUGCACACUGGGGAGCGGCCCUACAAGUGUGGCGAGUGUGGGAAAGCCUUCAGUCAGAACUCCACCCUCUUCCAGCACCAGAUAAUUCACGCUGGAGUGAAGCCCUAUGGAUGUAGCGAGUGCGGGAAAGCCUUCAGCCGGAGUUCGUAUCUUAUUGAGCACCAGAGAAUACACACUCGAGCCCAGUGGUAUCAUGAAUAUGGGAAUACCCUGGAAGGUUCUGCCCCCGUGAGCCGUAGAAAAGUUAAUACUGUAAAGAAACUGCAUAAAUGUAAUGAGUGUGAGAAAAUAUUCAGAUGGCGCUCGCAUCUAGUUAUACAUCAGAGGAUUCACACUGGAGAGAAACCUUAUAAAUGUAAUGAAUGUGGCAAAGCUUUUAAUCGGAGCUCAAGGCUGACUCAGCAUCAGAAAACUCACGUAGGAUAGACCUUUAUAAUGUGUAAAAAUGUGAAUAAACCUACAGCCUUAACUUA